UUUUUUUUUUUGUUACCAUUGCAUUCUAUUACUAUAAUUCUCUUCACCCCGGUCGAUUCCCAUUCUUUUUUUUUAUUGAUACAAUGUCACCCCAUCAUCUUCAUUAUCCUCAAUCUGUCAUUGUCAAUGUAUUACGUGCCAUUGUAUCAAGAUCAAUAUCAACUCAUCCAUCCACUUCAACGACAACAACUCAUUGGACAAGAUUACAUCAACACUCUAGUUGGUCAACAUCUUCGCGAAUAUCAGGAUAUUGGUUCUUUACUUCUGGAAUAUCAAGACAUCAAUUAAUGGCUUAUCGACUUUAUUCCUCCUCAUCACCUGCUAUUUGUAAUGGAUCAACAACAAACUUUGCUUCCUCAUUAUCUUCUUCAGCCACCUUGGAUUAUGACCAUUAUCUUCCUUCAAAAGAUAUAUUACUUGAAGAUAUACAACAUGACAAUCAAUUUCCAAAGAGUACAACAAAAAACAGUAUCAAUAACAGCAACAUUAACAACAACAACAACAAGAAAAAGAAAAGAAUAAAUGGUUUUGUGUAUCGACCCUUCCUGGACAAAUGGGUACUUGGCAAACAUUUCAAACUACCAAAAAAACUACCCGAGACGGUGGAAGACUACAAUAAGUAUAUUCUAUUUGCAGUAUUGAAUGAUCAACAAAAUAAAGCAAUCAAGUGGUUACGUACAAUGGAGAAACAACAAUUGAAACCUGAUAUACGGUCGUAUACGAUGAUUAUUCAUGGAUACAGCAAACAAUCUGAUAUGGUACGUGCGAUGAAAUGGUUGAAACGUAUGCGACGCAACAACAUAUCCCCUGAUGUCUAUAUCUAUACCACCUUGAUUGACGGAUAUAUGCGACACUGCAAUGUGGACAAGGCAGAACAACUAUUCAAGAAAAUGAUGCAAUAUUCGGUGCAGCCCAAUUUGGUGACAUACAACGUAUUGAUGCAUCACUCUGUAUUGAAAUUAGAUAUGGAAACGGCAGUCAAAUUUUGGGGUAAAUUGGCAGAGGCUGGAUUACAACCUGAUGUAUAUACCUAUGCGAUCUUCAUUCAUGGAUUAGGCGAUGAUGGAUUGGUGGAUGAAGCUUGGCGGAUCUUUGAUAGGAUGAAGCAACAGGGAGUGGAUAUCAACAAUGUGGUGGCAACGACCUUGAUGGGAAUUCAUGUCAAACACAAAGACAAUGCAUAUGCGGUUCAACUCUUCAGAGAAUUUUUCCAACGACAUGAAGAAAAACAUCAUCAUUCUUUGAUUCCGACUCAACAUACUCGUAAUACUCUACUCAAUGCAAUGAUGGGGAAUACCGAUUUGGAAAAGAUUAAUUCCUAUUAUCAACAAUUCCAAUCUAUGGUGAAUUCCAAUACAACAACAACAACAACAAAUACAAAUUCACCACUUUGGGGUGAUCACAUUCAACCUUGCAAUAAUGUAUACACAUAUACCACAUUUAUGCGGGCCUAUUUACGACGGGAUGAUAUUGGAAUGGUUAGUCAAGUAUAUCAAGAUAUGAUCAGACAGAAAAUCAGGCCUACCUUGGUGACCUUUUCAACAUUGAUGUUAGCUCAUGCAUUUGUGCCGGAUCCUCAUGCUUGCGAAAAUAUGCUCAAGGAAUUACAAACCCAUGGUAUCAAGAUCAAUGUGACACUUUACACAAUUGUUAUGCGAGCAUGGGCCAAGGCGAAACAAUGGGAUCAAGUUAAACGUGUUUAUGAAGAAAUGAAGACAGAAAAUAUUCAACCAAACAAGGUAACCAUGGAAGUCUUACGUUGGGCCAAGCAAAGACAUUAUGGAUUAUUAGAUUAGACUCCUCUUUUUAAUUGUAUUAUUUAUUGUACAUAUAUAUUUCUAUUUGAUUUCUUUUCCCUACUCUUCUCUCUCUCUUUUUUUUUUCUUCUUAUUAUUUAUUUGUUUAACUUUUUUUUUUAUAUAUAUAUUUUUUAUACCAAUAAAAAAG